AGGCCAGCAACGUGGACGACUCCUUCUUCGAGGAGUGGGGCCAAGAGGCGGCUCCCGCCCAGGACAACAGGGUGCGGCCACCGCAGCCGAUGGGAGGACUUGCAGCCGCCCGGGCCGCUCGGGGGAAGCCACUUCGCGCAGCCGCCGCAGCCGCAGGGGCAGUUCCAGCAGCCGGGGCAGUUCCAGCAGCCGGGGCAGUUCCAGCAGCAGCCGGGCCAGUUCCAGCAGCCGGGGCAGUUCCAGCAGCAGCCGGGCCAUUUCCAGCAGCCGGGGCAGUUCCAGCAGCAGCAGCAGCAGCAGCAGCAGCAGUUCGCCGGCCCAGGCGCGCCCAACCAGGGCGUGCCGAACCCUGGCCAGGCGUUUGCCAGCGGGCUAGGCGAUAUGGCUGGCAAGAUGGGCAUGGACUCCACCCAGGCCAUGAUGGCUGGCGUCGUUGCCAACCAGUUCGGCUCUGUGGUGAACAACAGCGGCGUUGCAAGGUGGUUCCCCGGCAUCAUCGCCAGCCUUCAGGGGCUGUUCAACGUGGGCCAUUCGUACGUGAUGCGGAAGCUGCUGCUGCUGAUGUGCCCGUUCAUCAAGCGGGGGCAGGGCGCUGCUCCCGCCCACCAGGGCUGGGGCGACACGAGCCCCGGCGGCAACGGCCAGGCGAGGGCCGGCGUGGACGAGAACGGGCUGAAGGUGGAUAUCGAGGAGCCCGACCUCUACAUCCCGGUGAUGUCGUUCACCACGUACAUUCUAGUCUACGGCGUGCAGCGGGGGAUCAUGAGCGAUUUCAAGCCAGAGGUUUUGUCCUCGUCGUUCUCCUUUGCGCUCACGCUGCUGGUGCUGGAGGUCGCCCUGGCCAAAGGCGGCUUCUACCUCGCAGGCUGCGGGAUCUCGAUCCUCGACAUAACAGGUAACUGCAGCUGCAAGUAUGUGCACACCGUGCUGAUGGUGCUGAUCAGAAUACUCAUUGGCGACAGCAACGUCUACUACAUGCUCCCCCCUCGCAUGGGCCCGCCUCCCUCUUUCCUCCCUCUCCCGCUCCCUCCCUCCUUCCAUUCCUUUCCCCCGCCCCCCGUCUC